UUUUGUGGAACGUUAGUAUAGUAACGCAUUCCUUUGGCCCAAAGACAGACGCUUUAAUUUUUUAGUUUUUGAAAUAUCUGUCAUUUUAUAUUUGCUGUCACAGCUAUUUAUUUCAUAAUAUUUAUUAUUAAAAUAUACCGGUUCAUACCGUUUAAUAAAAUUUUCGAUACUUUUGACAAACUAUUUCUUUGUAAUCAUGGAGUUCUUUGGAAUUACUAUGUAUGGUCCCCAGAAUUAUAUCCACGAUGUAAUGAUAGACCAAUAUAAAGAACCAAUGAUUAAAGAAGAAGUACAACCUUUAAUGGAAAGAGUAAAACAGUAUUCCACUCUUCCUAAAACGAUACAACGUCCGGAUGCAGAUGUGAUUCGAUUUAUAGAUGUUUAUAUGGGAAGAGUAAAUGGCUUUGCUUACGGUUCUAUGGAAAGAUUUGUGAGAAUGAAACGUAAAGGAGUUAUAAAACCGCCUUUUCCUUGUGAUAUGUAUAGAUUUCCGCCAACCACCUUUCAAGAAGUCGGUUGGUGGCAACAUGAUCCAGCUCUAUUGAAAUCGGAUUGGUACGUAACAUAUCCAAGGUUCCCUCAACCUGCAUCACCGAAUACUUUGAUUUUGGAUAAAGUGCGCAAAAAUAAUAAAUACGCAACUCUGUUUUGAUUCUGAUCAGGUUUUAUUGUUUCAUGAAAUAAAAUUAUAUAUUUAUGAUUUAAUAA